CUUUGUCAACAGGAUUAAUACAGCCUUGAAAGCAGAACCACUAGAGAAUAAUCUACUUGUGCCAAAUUUACAAACGCAAAAUAAAAAGUUCUUAUCAUCAUGGAUGGCCGGAGAUGCAGUGCCCGUGUCCAAACACAUAUGUCACCCAGUUUAUUGGCCGCGCUAUUAUUAUUAUCUUUAGCAGGAGUGUGUUUAUGUAAAUCAACUGUUAACCCGACAGAAAACGUUACGUUCCCUAGCACGUUGCUUAGCACGUCGCCUAGUACGUUGCAUACCACGUCGCCUAGCACGUCGCCAAGCACGUUGCCUAGCACUCAGCCCUCUCAGACAACUGUACAUGUGAAACCGACAAACACAACUUUGAAGCCAUUAGAGCCGGCUGAAGCAAGUACUACUGCAUCUCCAACUACAAAAGCGAAACGUAAAACAACAAAAGCGAAUAGUGCCUUGCGGGCCACGACUAGCUAUUCAACGACUCAAGUAUAUGAGAGCACAAAAGCCGUAGUAAAAAGUGCAAGGAAGCCGAAGUUAAACACUGGUUCAAGUGUAGGGGGGGUGCAUUCCGCGGACCGGCUGCAGGAGCGCCUCGGGGCCAUAGAUUGUGAUUUACCCGUGUUGCCGCGGGAGUCGCGGCUUUGGCGGGGCAACGAGACGCAUGAGCUCAAUCUACCGGUCAAGGUAACAGAGGAUUGCGUGGGCGGAGAGGAGUGUCCUCCGGUCGUCGCGUCUUGGGAGGGCUCGGCCGAUAUCCAGAGCGGAGACAUCCUGAUUGUGCGCAUCGCCGACUCGUCGCUGCUCGACAGCUUUACCCACCCUGACGCUAAGAAUACUAGCCAUGAUGCGAACGCUACGCAAGCAGAUGGACAGAGGGUACACCGCACGCUGCCAUCGCCGGCCGUGUACCAGGUGACGCGGCAGGGGCACGUGCACUGCGACGUGUCUGAAGGCAUGCUGCUCGACAUCACGCCGCUGGACGAGAGCGGCGCCAAACUUAUCACGCUCUACGACAAGGAUCUCACCGAGGGCGUCAACUUGCUUAUAGUUGUUUCCGAGAACUGGGGGUCACAGUGCGUCCGCCUCAAAGUUACUGUCAAGUCGGAUAACUGUGGAGAGUCUCAAGAUUGCUCCGGGAAAGGCGUGUGCUACACCAACGUAUCUAUGGAAGGCUACGAGUGCCAGUGCUGCGCCGGCCAACUGGGCCCACACUGCGAGGAGCGCGACGUCUGCAAUCCAUCACCUUGCCUGAAUAAUGGCAUAUGUGUCGACCUCACGCAGCCUCUCAACGAGGCGAACUACCACUGCCUUUGUCCCUACGGUUUUACAGGUAGAAAGUGCGAAAAGGAUCCGUGCUACUCGGAGCCUUGUCUGAACGGAGGGUCGUGCAUGAGCCUGGCGAUGAAUGGGUCGACGACUUUCCACUGCGCAUGCGCGGACGGCUGGACGGGCGCGCACUGCGAGCUGCCCACGGUGGGCGGCGCCUGCGCUGACAAACCCUGCGUCAACGGCAUCUGCAUAGAGCAGACAGACAUUGAUACUGAGGGGCACGAGUACCGAUGUUUCUGCUUGCCAGGGUACACGGGUGAGCAUUGUGAGAUGGAAUACAACGAGUGCGAGUCGUCACCGUGCGCGAACGGCGGCACUUGCACCGACCGCGUCGGCGGCUUCGCGUGCGCCUGCGGCCGCGGCUUCACCGGCAACACCUGUCAGCUCAAGGUUGAUUUGUGCUCACCAAACCCGUGCUCUGCGCAGCGCUACUGUGUGGACCGCGGCAACAGCUAUACCUGCGAGUGCCUCCACGGCUACGUCGGCGACGAGUGCCACCUGCCUGUCAAAUCGGCGUGCGACAAUAAUCCGUGCGCGCACGGCGGCACCUGCUGGAGCGGCAUCGACGCCUUCUACUGCUCCUGCCGACCGGGAUACACCGGCAAAUUAUGCGAAGAGGAUUUCAUCCUGGAAUCAGUGGUCCGCGGCGAGGUAAUCAGCUCGGAGUCCCGCAGCGACGGCGGCGGCGCGGUGCGCGAGGUGCGCAUGCCGCUCGGCCUGUACCACGACCGCCUGCACAACGUGUACAUCGCCGCCGGCACGCUUGGCGCCGCCAUCGCCAUUGUGGGCGUCGUGGUGACGGCGUGCCACUGCCGCAUGAACAAGACGUACUCGCGGCUGCUGUCGCGGCUAGCGCGCGCGCCGACGCCGUCGCCGCACUGGCUGCACGACAAGCGCGCGCCCGCGCACACGCCCGCGCAUGCGCCCGCGCCGCCCGCGCUCGACACCACCGACAUGUACUACACGCUCGACUUCAGCGACAGUCAGAGCUCUCCGCUCAUCCAAUAGCAAUCACUCAUGAACUGCUCCGAUGGGGAACGGUUCAAGAUACAAAUUUAAAUCGCGGAACUUGCAUGGUAGGUACGAGAUAUUUACGUACGUU